UAAAUGUUACGUUGUUGCGGGUGGUAUUAUCACUCCAGAGUCCAGACUAUAAAACGCGUAUUUGAAGAAAGAACAAAGAAUCAGAACCUAUAUAAGAGCCCACAAGAAGCUGCGCGGUCACUCUUCGGCUGAAGAGAGAGCUGAAGAAAGAGCUGUCCACGGGUCCAGAAGAUGAUGAUAAUGAUGCAGACUUCUGUCCUAUCUUGCGUCUUUACGCUGCAAUGCCUCCGAAGCAUGCAUUGUUCGCCAGUGCCCGAAGCAAUCAGGUACAAAGCGACGCCGGGAUGGCUCCAGAGGUUUGAUCUCCAUGACCUAAAGAAGAGAGGAAGAGUGGCCCAUCCUCAGGACACACUCAAAGACACAGCCUUGGCCAUAGGAGACCCUGUAAAAGCAGCACUGGUAACUAACAACACUGAGGAGUCUAACCGCCCCCGGUGUGGCGUCCCUGACUACCCCACACUGAAGGAUGUCAUCUACAGGGGGAGACACAGGCAGAAACGCUUUGUCCUGUUUGGGGGGCGCUUGGAGAAAACGGACCUCACCUACAAAGUGGUUCGUUUCCCCUGGCAGAUGAGCGAAGACAAAGUGCGGCGUGUCCUGAUGGAAGCCCUGAGAGUGUGGAGUGAGGUCACACCCCUCACAUUCACUGAGGUCAGCAGUGGAAAGGCUGACAUUGUCAUUGACUUCACUAGUUACUGGCAUGGAGAUAACCUGCCAUUUGACGGCCCUGGGGGCAUUCUAGCCCAUGCCUUCUUCCCCAAGACCCACAGGGAGGGCGACAUCCAUUUUGACUAUGAUGAGGCGUGGUCCCUUGGCAACUACAUGGGCACAGACCUCCUCCAAGUGGCUGCUCAUGAGUUCGGGCAUGUUCUUGGCCUGCAGCACUCCCAGGAACCGGGCGCAGUGAUGUCCCCCUAUUACAGCUUCUCCUAUCCCCUGGAGCUGAGCGAGGAUGACAAGCUGGGGAUCCAAUACCUGUAUGGCCCUCGUCCACAUGUCCAGCCCCCAUCUCCUCCCCAACCACUGCCACAAAUCACUACAGAUACCAAUGAGAUCAUUAGUAGUAUUCCUGACGCCUGCCAGACAGACUUCGAUGCUGUGUCUAUGAUUCGCGGAGAGCUGUUUUUCUUUAAGUCACGCUAUGUGUGGCGCAUUCGGGAGGGGCGGCUGGAGGCAGGCUACCCCGCGCUGGCAUCCCGCCAUUGGAGGGGGAUUCCAGAGAGCAUUGAUGCUGCCUUUGAAGACCAAUCAGGGAAUAUCUGGUUCUUUCAAGGUCAAAGCUACUGGGUGUUUGAUGCAGAGAGACAGAUCACAGGGCCAGACUCUGUGCAGAGCCUUGGCCUGUCAGUCUCCCACAUCCAGGCAGCUCUGCGCUGGGGCCAGGACAACAACUACAACACCUACUUAUUCAAGUCAGGCAGCUACUGGAGGUUUAGCCCCAAGGAGAACCGUGUCGACUCUAUCUACCCUCGCAACAUGCAGGACUGGCGCGGCAUCCCCAGUGAUGUCGACGCAGCCUUCAAGGACCAAUAUGGCUAUGCCCACUUUAUCAGAGGGAGGCAGUACUGGAAGUUUGAUCCUGUGGAGAUGAAUUCACUACAGGGGUAUCCUCGCUAUUUUCACAUGGACUUCUUUGGUUGCAGAAAUGUAUGAGUAUCAUUAGGUGAUAAUGCUCUCAAGAUCAAAUUCAAGUCCAAGUCAAGUCCAACCAUGCUCUUGUCCUUAUGGUCCUUUCAAAUACAACAUUAUAAUCUUGUGCAUUUUGGGGAACAAGACCAUUUUGCGUAACAAGACCAGAGACAAAUUAUUUAGGUGAAGACUUUAUUACUUCACUUGAGUGAUUUCCACAAAAUGUUUGCUAUUCCUCAAAUAUGUUUUUGUUUACUCAUUAUCUUAACACUGAAUGGACUAGAUCCUUUUUUCUUCUCAGGAAAACACAAAUUCAAAUGUUUCCUCAGAGUUUGGACUUCAUGUGCAGCUAUAUAGUUGUAUUUAUUUGUUGCUGGGUUGGGUUUUACUCUCUGGUGCUAUCUAGAACCUUAAAGGGUUCUUCGGCUGUCGAAGAGACCCUAGGAGAACCCUUUGAAGGACCCUUGUUGGUUCCAGGUAGAACCCUUUUGGUUCCAAGUAGAACCAUUUUGGAUUCAAUGUAGAACCCUUUGCAAGAGUGUACGGUCAGAAGAGGCGUUGGUAAAGACCGUGGGCUGAGAAGACAGUUUCAUCUGCAGGAGGUUAGUAACUCUAUCGUGUUGUCUAAUUUACUCAAGAGAUGUUGCAGUUUGUUUUCUUCUUAAAGGGAAAUAUGUUUAAGGCACUGCAAUUUUUCUAUGAAGUCUUUUUUUUCUUUUUACUAAUUAAGGUGCUAAAUCUGGAAAUCACUGACAAUCAGGGACACUUUUUGUCCUCUAAAGUUAUGAACACUUACUCACAGUCUUACUUGUAACACGGUCACAUUUAUGUUCAUUCUACGAUAGCUGUACUUCAUUCAUUAAUGGUCCAUCCAUGGUGCUCUCAGUCAGUCCAAAGGGAUGGAAUGUUCCAUCCUUGGUGCUGCAUGAUGUGAAUCUAAGCCAUGAUGAUAACUUACUUUUUGGAAGGGCCAUUCAUUGCAUUUUGUAAGUGCAGGGCACUGAUAUGUUUGUUCUUCUUAGCCAGGAUGCAGCCUGAGAUCCUCUGGUAGGGCACUAUUGACCAUUCCAAAAUCUGGUGUAGGUUGAAAACGAAAGGAGAGGGCCCCUAGCCUUUGAAAUGGUCUGCCAGAGGAGACCAGGCUGCAGAUUCAGUGGCUCUUUUUAAAUCCCUGCUGAAGACACACUUUUAUAAAGAUGCUUUUAAAGUACGAUUUAAAUGAUUUUAAUUAGCUAUUCUUUCUUUGUUUCUUUGUUAGUACUUUUAUUUUAUGAUGUGAAGCACUUUGUUACCUGUAUUGAAAAGCGCUGUACAAAUAAAGUUAUUAUUAGUAUUAGUAUUAUUAUAUCUGCUUUACUGUAAAAUAUGUAUUUGUGAUAUUUUUGUCAUUGUUUGACAGCCAAUAGCCGCAGCCUGGCAGAUCUCUUCUAAAGGUUUGGGUGUUGACUAUAGAGCUCAGAAUAAUUUCAAGACAUAAUUGUCCUUUAAUUAAAAUAGCCAUCAUCUGUUCUGAUUACAUAUCUUUAUGUUUUAACAUGUUUUUCUACUCAAAUGCCACAUUUACUAUGCAAAUACACAAAUAUUAAUCAUGUACUGUGUUUUGGUACAAAUAAAAUAUUUAAGCUGUC